AUCCCAGACUGGUUUGAUUGGGAGGGACCUUAAAUCCCAUCCCAGCCACCCCUGCCAUGACAGGGACACCUCCCACUGUCCCAGGCUGCUCCAGCCCCAGUGUCCAGCCUGGCCUGGGACACUGCCAGGGAUCCAGGGGCAGCCACAGCUGCUCUGGGCACCCUGUGCCAGGGCUCCCCACCCUCCCAGGGAACAAUUCCUGCCCAAUAUCCCAUCCAGCCCUGCCCUCUGCCAGUGGCAGCCAUUCCCUGGCUCCUGUCCCUCCAUCCCUUGUCCCCAGUCCCUCUCCAGCUCUCCUGGAGCCCCUUCAGGCCCUGCCAGGGGCUCUGAGCUCUCCCUGGAUCCUUCUCUUCUCCAGGUGAGCACCCCCAGCUGUCCCAGGCUGGCUCCAGCCCUGGGAGCAGCUCCAUGGCCUUUGUGAGCUCCUGUGAAGUGACCUUGGGCUCCCUGUGUGUCCAUGUCCUGCUCCAGGCUGGCUGCUCUCUCUGUUCCUGACAAUCCUGAGCUCCAGACUGAAAGACUUGGAGAGAGAAGGGCCUUCCCUCCCAGGGAAGGGUCUGGAACUUUUUUUUGGGACAUUUCCCCUUGCCAAAAUCAGGAGGUCUCUUGGGUGUGGGGGCCAGGUUUCCAGGAUGGUUUAGGCAGGUGGCACUGGCAAUUCCAGCUGCUCCAGUGAGUCCUGGCAUCUCAUGGAGGGAAAAGUCCUUACAAUACACGUGUGUGAGACUUCCUAAAGGAGAUACUGAGUGUUCAAGGCCCUCAGGCUGCUGCUGCCCCCAGGAUUCUCAUUCCCAGGAUGAAACCCUUUUCCUGGGCAGCCUGUUGAGCUGCAGGGUGUGGGGGGAAGGUUUUCCAUACAUUCACUUAUUUCUGCCAUGAUCUGCCCCUGUCCCCCUCCUCCUGCUCUGGCUCUCUCCCCUCAGUGUCUCAGUGCUGCUGGGGCUGUACGUGCCAGUCCCCACGAGGAUCCCAUUCCAGACACUCAUCCUCCUUUAGAAAACAUCCAAAGUCAAGGCCGUGCAUCCCUACGAGCCAGUGCAACAGCUUCGAUUUUUGAACGUUUCCAAAAGGAGCUGCAGACCCAAAAAUAGAACAAAAACAAAGUUUCUUUGCCACCUCCCUCUCUGCUCUGCAGGCGACAGCCCCGGGGCGGCUCAGGGGAGGUGGCUGUGCCUCGGCCACUCAAGGCCACCCCUGGUUAAAAGGGAGAAGCCAUCCUCCCUCUUCCUGCCGAGCCUUGGGAUGCCUGAGCUGCUGCAGGGCAGAGCUCAGGUGGCACCAUGAGCGCUCUCAGGGAGCUGCUGCUGUGCCUGGUGCUGCUGCUCCCCUCUGCAGCUCUGCCCAGGAAGCAGGAGAGGGAUUCCCUGCUGGAGCCGAGCCUGCUGGAGGAGCUGCAGGCAGAAGGGAGGAAGGUGGGGAAUGGAAGCUUGCAGGAGUCACCCAGGUCCAGGAGGGCUGCUGGCACUCGGCCCUUGCCCGAGGCCGAGCCGGGAGGCAGGUGCCCGCAGGGAGAGGCUGAGGAGGGGGGCCCGGGCUGGUCCAGCCCGCAGCCCUGGCCCCUGGGGGCCCUGGAGGGGCCCGUGUGCCGGGUGAGGAUGGAGCAGGACGGGGCCGGCCCGAGGCACCUGGAGGUGGUGGGUGUGCUCAGCCACUACGAGAGCAGCUUCAUCAAACUGCUGCGGCGGCGCCGGAGCUGGGACGGGACCUUGGCCGGGACCUUCGGGCUGUGCCCGGCCCGCGGGGCGGGGGCGGCUCCGCAUCCCCUGCAGCGCAUCCACCAGCACGUGCUGGAGCCGCGGCCGCGGAGGUUCCUCGUCCUGCACCUGGAGGAAGUGCAGUGGGAAGCGCAGGUGAAGCUGCGGUUCCAGCUGGUUUUCCAGGCGGAGGUGGGACGGGCCCUGGGAGAGCUGCAGGCGGCCGUGAUGCUCUUCUACCUGGGCCGCCGGGAGGGCUCGGGGCCCCCGCAGGAGCUGCUGCUCACCGGCCCGGGGCUGGCUCGGGACCAGAGGCUCUGCCUCUCCAGGGACACGCAGUUCCUGGCGCUGGCAGCCGCCGCAGCCUCGGUGACCCGCAGCGCGGAGCGGCUCCGCUUCUCGGCGUCCCUGGCCAUCCACGGCGGCGCGGGAGGUGCCCCCCUGCCCCGCGCGGAGGUGCAGCAGCUCCUGUUCGGCUCCGAUGACAAAUGUUUCACCCGCAUGACCCCGGUGCUGCUGCUGCUGGCCAAGCCACGGCAGCAGGAGGAGGAAGAGGAGGAAGAAGAGGCUUUGGCCCCAUCCUCCUACCUCUCUGCUGAGGGGGUGGUGGACACGGCUCCGUACCCACAGCUCAGCCCAGCCCAGGCCGGGAGCGAGGAGCUGCCGACCCCCACGGCCCCGAGCCAAGCCAACACCUCAUCCCCAGCGCCCGGGGGCAGCGCCCAGUUCCUGGCAGUCCUGACCCAGUUCAUCCGGCAGCUCCUGAACUCCUCCAGUGAGCCGCCCCCCCAGCCCAAUGCCCACCACUGGCUGGACUUCGAGGUGAUGGAGACCCUCCCUCACCAGCUGCUCAACCUGUCGGAGGAGGCGGCGCUGGAGCGCCUGGUGCAGUCGGAGGAGCCCUCGGUGCUGCUGCUGCCCCAGGACAGCGGGGCCGUGCUGGAGCAGCACCUGGGGGACUGGCAGCCGGAGGGCAGCGUGCUGCAGCUGCUGACGGGCAAACUGCAGCUGCUCAUCCAGGAGCUCAGGGACAUCCCGGCUUUCCAAGCCAACGCGGCGCUUUUCCAGCACCUCCUGAGCUUCUGCUACUUCCCAGCCGAGCCGGGCCAGGCCGGGCCGGCCGAGCGGGGCCGGGACCCGCGGAAGCUGCGCACGCUGCUGCUGCUGAAGGCGCUGCAGGCGGUGCGGGCGCGCUGGCAGGAGCACAGGAAGGUGCAGCGGCAGAACCGCAGCGCCCGGCACCAGGCGCACUGCCGGCUGCAGGAGCUCACCAUCGACCUGCGCGACCGCCACUUCAUCGUCAUGCCCACCGCCUACGUGGCCAACAACUGCGAGGGGCCCUGCCGCCUGCCGCUCUCCUCGCGCAUCUCCAGCUACUUCUCGCACACGGUGCUGCUGCUGGACGUGCAGGAGCGCGGCUCGCCGCUGCGCAGGGCUCCCUGCUGCGUGCCCGUGCGCUACUCGGACCAGCUCAUCAUCAGCCUCUCCUCGGACGGGCUGGAGAUCCGCAAGUUCCCCAACAUGGUGGCAGAGGAGUGCGGCUGCCGGUGAGGCUCCCGCUCGCCCCACCCCGGCCCCUCUGUCCCGGUUUGCCCUCCCGGCUCGGGAUCCGGUGCUUCUCGCCGAGACGGGAGCUCCCAUGUGUCCUUUCCCCGUGGUUUGGCUCGCUAGCGUCGCUCUGGUUCUGGGUUCGUCCAUGCCUGUCCCUGGGGCUGCUGCUGUUCCCUGGGAUGUCCCCGCUCCCGCUGCUGAGGAUGCCCGAGGUGCCCGCGGGGCGGUUUGGGCUGGGUUUGGGCAGGGCUGUGCCGGGAGGGCAAAGCUUGGCAGAUCCAGGCAGGACCAUUCUUAUUCAUCCCCCACUCUCUGCUCCUGUAGUGGCUGGGAAGGGCAGGUGCUGCUUCUCCAAGCCUUGCAGCAUCCUCUGGCCGUUCCCCAGCCCAUGGGACCCCCAUGUGCCAGCAGAGCGAGAGGCCAAAUCCCCCGGCAGAGCCCAGCCGUGCCCUGGGCACACGUCUCGGGUGAGCCGGGGCCGUGAGGAGCCGCUGGCGGUGGCGUGGGGCUCCGGGCCAGGUCACAUCAGCGUCACCCCGAGCUGACCCCGCUGCCGGGGAGCGGGAGGAGGGACGGAGCGAUCCCAUUACACCUCCCGGGCUGCUCACACCAUUCAUGGCAGCGCGAGCAAGCGGCUGCCAGAGCACCUGCUCCGCGUCCCCCCGCCCCAGCCAGCCCCGGAUCAUCUUCCAGCCGAGCCCUGCCCUCCGCCGGGGAUCCAAACCUUGGAAACAGCUCCUGGGCUUGUCCUGCCUGCACCUCCUUGCGUUUUGCAGUGUCCCCACGGGGAGGCACAGCCGGAGGUUGGAACCAACCAGUUCCAUCUCACAGCCCUGCAGGAUUAGCCCUGAGCCCCUCGGGGUCGGGAGGGCACAGAAAACACACACAAUCCAGGGACAAAACACAUAACCAGGGACAAAACACAUAACCAGGGACAAGGGCUUUUCUCGUUUUCCUUUUUCCCCCACCUAUUUUUAAAAAAAUUCAGUUGAGUACCUUAUUAAAAAUGAAAAUAGUUUAUU